CCGCCCGCUGGAUAAACCCUCGCCUGCAACCCUGAAUUUUCUUCUAUGAAUAGCGCUCCAUCCCCAUGCCUUGUACCUCUUCCUCGCUCCUCCAAAACUCCGUCUUUCUUUCUCUCUUCCAAGCCUGGCAGAACCUAUUCGCCAGAUAAUAACCCUAGGCUUCGGAUUUGUGAAUAAUAAGGCUGGAACCAUGAACGGGUGUGUAUACCGACAGAAUUCCUUGGUGGGUUGUAUUGGAAACAUGGCUAGGGGAGCUGAUUCAGAUGGCGUCGUUUGUCCAAAACCUCGCAGGGUUGGUCUUCCCCUUCAGUUGGAUGAACCCAUCAGAUCGUCUUCUCGUUUGCUCCACAUCAAGAACGAACAAUCAGAGGCGUCUGAUGCAAAAGCUGGGACGGAACUUCUUGAUACUAUCUUGAUGAAGGGAAGUUAUGGUUACGCAAGAUCCAAUUUUCCGGUGGCCUCGUUGCUGCCGUUUUUUUCGGGGUCUCCACCCACCAGGACCUCGAACCCUGUCAUCCAAGACGAGCAGUUUGGAAAUGGCAAUUUUAAUCCUCUAUCAACUGCAUUCGAAGCAUCACCACCUCCACCUUCAUCCGCCCGCAAGAGUGGAGGAUGUGUUAGGGUGAGUUUUGGGCAUAAGCCGGCUACAGUUAGGAUCGAAGGGUUCAACUGUCGUGGAAAUUGCAGCAUUUCUGCCGUAGCUUAAACAUCCUUCAAAUUCAAGACGAACUUCGAAUUCGGAGAGGGAUUAAUUGAGUAACAUCAAUAACAGAACAAAGGGGAGUUUUUGGGGGAGGAUCUGAACAAUUUGUUCAGUAAUGUGUAUAGUAUGUCUGAACAAAGAGGGUCACUUUUUACCGAGUUUUGAGUCCUUUUGUGUAUAUGUAAAGACUUGAAGAGAAAAUAGGAAACUGGAGAGGAAAGGGAGAAAUAACCCUUUUCUGGGCUUUGUAGGUUUUUUGCUCUGUUAACUUUCAUCAGAGAAAAAAAGAGCCUUUUGUAACUCAUUUUGAGUCUCUCUUAA